AUGGAGGCGAGCGAGCCUGAGCGAUCUCUGGAGGGACGCCAAGCUUUUUCCAGUAGCAGCCGCCUCCCAGCGCUCUGGGCCUUGACUCCUGCCAAGCGGCAAAAGCAGGUUGACAAUUCUAGCGUGCCCGAGGAUAGGGUUUGCCUUCGAAACGUUGGUGUUGCGCUGGAGUUGCAAUCCGGUACAACGUUCAUCGGCAUCCUGACGCAGUGGCUGACCCGCGAGAGGUACGACGAGAGGGAAGACGUCGUAUCGGAACGCAUCGAUACGGGCGCCCUUCUCGAGGCGCUCCAGGAAGCGUUUUUGGACGAUACGAGAAUAAGAGCGCCGAGUCACGCCCGCUCAGCCACCGUAGGCCUUGACUCCUUAAGGCUCGAAGUGGAAAUCGGCCGCUAUAGCGGCAACCAGAGAUGGCUAGACGCGAGCACUGCGCCCCUCCUUCGCCGGGCUCUCAACAGCGCCUGCGAAGAGGGGCUGGAGAAAGACCCUCACUAUGGGGAUCAUAUCUUGCUGUGCCGCUACGUCACGCAACCAACUGACACUACCCCCAGCAUACGGUCCGACACCGAACCGGGGGAGGGGGCGCCAUUUAGCCCUGCCAGGUCGGCCGCCCACGACAAGAGAACCGAAGAACGCGAAAGGGACAACGACGUCAUUUCGAUCUCGUCCAACGCUCACACGGAGCCGGACGAUGGGGCGCUAUCUGACCCUGGUGGACCGACCACUGCAUAUGAUGAACAUGAGGCCAACGACGGCCCCGACGCGCUGGGCUCUAUAACGCUUGGCGGGACCGAAGAAGAAUGGACGGAGGCCUGCCGCUUCUUCCGUCACGACCCAGCGUGUAGGGAGAUGGAUAGCGGGAAGAAGCUGUUCGGCACCAAGAUGGCGCUACGCCCCGGCCAGCUGCGGGAUGUUUGGCACUUCCUGGAUGCCACGUACGGCACGGGCCGAACUGGCUAUAUCAGUGCCCUAGACACGGGGCUCGGCAAGACGAUGGUGGCUCUAGGUACCGUCGCCGUCUUGCGAACGGUGGAUCUGAUGAGACUGGUCUGUCGGGGCGACCCGGACACGUGCGAGGUGGCCGAAGGCUUCGGAUACAACGACUGCAUCUGCCGAUCCGGCUCGCUUAUGUCCAAGAUCCACCAGGAGCUGAUUCCGGGUAUCACGGUCUUCCUCACGCCGAACAGCACAGUCCAGGGAGCCCAAAAUAGCGCCGACGUGUUUCUGGAGCGGGUUGUCACUCUGCCAGAUGAAACCAAGUGGGAGUUCGUCGAAGUCAUCCGGUCAGAGGCCAACAAGGAGACAAAAGAGAAGUUGUUCGCUCAUGAUGUCGUCGACGGCGGUAACAAGAUCAAACGUGCCAAGAAAUCGUCGGGCGCGGGGAAAGGGAUGCCAGCAAAGAAAAUGAGCGGUUUUGACAGCAUCAACACUGGCCAGCUGAACAAGAAUCAGAGCGCGGAAGGGCUUCAAGAUUCGGCAGUUUCCUAUCUGGACGACCGACAGGAGUACCCCUUCAAGGAGCGGCACUUCCUCCUGAUUUUACCCUCUGACGCGUCAUCCCUAGACCCCAGGCACGCCAUCAUGCGUAGCCUCACCAAGACCUACCCCCUCGCCGCACAAGGCUGGCAGAGGAAGGUUGACGUGAGGAUUGUAGCUCCAUUUUGGGUGCGGCAUUGCAUCCUGGAUGAGUUCCACCGGAUCAAGGGAGGAGACACGAUCGUGUAUACCUGCAUGAAAAUGUUUAGGCGGCGCCAUCCCACCGGGAAGAUGGUGAGCAUGUUCAUGAGUGCGACCCCCUUCACCAAGGAGCUCAAGGCCAGCCUCAAGGUCCCUUUAGACUUCAUUCUGCCCGAAUCCUGGAGCAGUGCCGGCGACCAGAAGCGCGCCGGCCUGAGCCGAGCCCGGUUCGAUACGCUGGUGUUUGACCUACUAAGGUCGCAGCGAGGUGCAGAUGAUACUAGCGAGGCGGUGUUUGGGGAGUUGAAAGACUUCCUUGCCGGCUUCAUGACUCGGCGCACCGUCCAGUCGCGCUUCUUGGGGGGGUUGGAGUGCGCGCUGCCACUUCACAAGAGUCGGGUGAUCGACUGUGAGAAACCCCAGGGAUCGUCGAAACAAGACGCGUGGUCGAGCAUUGUCCGAUCGGCAAAGCAAGGGGGAAAGGGUGGUGACUUCGAUGCGGCAACCAUAUUCAACCGGCUCACCAAGACCGGGGGAUUCCUUUCACAACUCUAUGGGGCGACAUUUACCCACCCGUCUCAGCUGCAGAUGACGGACGUCGACCCCGAAGCAUUGGCCGCCAUCCAAAAGGGGUGGGACCAUUGGAUUAAGGCGCAAUACGCUAACCACUUGGUUUACUUGACGCCAGAGGGUCGCCGCAAACACGAAGCGGCCACCGCCGGGGCUGUGGACUAUCUGUGCAAGGGGACCUCGAAGACAACUGAAAUCGAGCGGAUACUGGAUACGGCCAUCAGAGACAAGUCCAUGCCGGCACCUGGGUUCAAGUACCCCCCUGGUAACAAAUGGCAACGCAUCAAGGGACCCGUCAAAAAAUCCGUGGUUUUGUUCUGCUCGAGACCUGGGAUCGCCGUGCUCUACGCCCUUUACGCGGACAGGCAUUGGGCCGGCAGCUGGGAUGUGCAACUUUUGACCGCCGCGUGCCGAGACCGCCAAAGCCUGAUUGACGAGGCACUGGGGCCGGUCGGGUUCGACGAAGCAAGAAAACCCGCUCUCCUCAUCGCGGUGAUGUCAGUAUGCGGCGAGGGGGUCAACGGCAUGCAACGAGCUGCCUACAGCAUCUCGGUCGACCUGCCCUUCUCUGAAGCCCUCAAGGCGCAGGUGGCGGGCCGGGUCUACCGCUACGGCCAGAUUCACGUCUCGCGGCAUUACCAGCUGGUAUCCGAACACCCAGCGGAGCGCAUCAUUCUUGCUCGCCACGAGAAGAGGGAUGCCGACUUCCAACAGCUCCUGGAGGGAACGGAGUAGGGGUGUGGAAGACCAAGAACCGACUUGUUGCCUUUUUCGUUCAUGCUCGACGGAGGACUGCGAAGCGAGAAUUUGUGUGUUGCGCGGCUGAAGUCAAAGGGGAGUUGCGUUUAAUGUGCGGGCAACCGGAAUGUCAGCUUGUUUGCAGUAGUUAUCAAUAAUCGUUGCUAUAGGGCCGUACCUAGUCACGUCAAGAAGCCUGUCAAUUUCCUCCUUGGGGAGCAUUUACCCCUUAAUGUC